UUAGUCUAGGAGGGGAGAGGGGCGGAUCGCUGAGGAGUUGGUAGCGAAGAUGGCGGUGGCGGCUGCUGCGGCGAAGCUCCGGGGCUCAGGUCGAGGCUUGGGCCAGGCUGGCGUCCUGCUCCUGCGGCGGCUUGGUGCUCGGGGGCUGGCUAGAUAUCACCCCCAGAGGCAGGAGCAGCAGCACUUUCCAUCCCUGGAUGACAAGCCCCAGUUCCCCGGGGCCUCGGCGGAGUUUGUAGACAAGCUAGAAUUCAUCCAGCCCAAUGUCAUCUCUGGGAUCCCCGUCUAUCGCGUCAUGGACCGGCAGGGCCAGAUCGUCAACCCCAGCGAGGAUCCCCACCUGCCCCAGGAGACGGUGCUCAAGUUCUACAAGAGCAUGACUCUGCUCAACACCAUGGACCGCAUCCUCUACGAGUCCCAGCGGCAGGGCCGGAUCUCCUUCUACAUGACCAACUAUGGCGAGGAGGGGACACAUGUGGGGAGUGCGGCAGCGCUGGACAGCACGGACCUGGUGUUUGGCCAGUACCGGGAGGCAGGUGUGCUAAUGUACCGGGACUACCCCCUGGAGCUGUUCAUGGCCCAGUGCUAUGGCAACGCGAGCGACCUGGGCAAGGGGCGCCAGAUGCCCGUGCACUAUGGCUGCAAGGAGCGCCACUUCGUCACCAUCUCCUCUCCGCUGGCCACGCAGAUCCCGCAGGCGGUGGGGGCGGCCUAUGCGGCCAAGCGUGCCAACGCCAACAGAGUGGUCAUCUGUUACUUCGGGGAGGGGGCGGCCAGCGAGGGGGAUGCCCACGCCGGCUUCAACUUCGCCGCCACCCUCGAGUGCCCGGUCAUCUUCUUCUGCCGGAACAACGGCUAUGCCAUCUCCACGCCCACCUCUGAGCAGUACCGCGGGGACGGCAUCGCUGCUCGAGGCCCGGGCUACGGCAUCAUGUCCAUCCGCGUGGACGGCAACGAUGUGUUUGCCGUGUACAACGCCACCAAGGAGGCCCGGCGGCGGGCCGUGGCUGAGAACCAGCCCUUCCUCAUUGAGGCCAUGACCUACAGGAUCGGGCACCACAGCACCAGUGACGACAGCUCGGCCUACCGCUCGGUGGACGAGGUCAAUUACUGGGACAAGCAGGACCACCCCAUCUCCCGGCUGCGGCACUACCUGCAGGGCCGAGGCUGGUGGGACGACGAGCAGGAGAAGGCCUGGAGAAAGCAGUCCCGCAAGAAGGUGAUGGAGGCCUUUGAGCAGGCGGAGCGGAAGCCGAAGCCCAACCCCAACCUGCUCUUCUCUGACGUGUACCAGGAGAUGCCGGCCCAGCUUCGCAAGCAGCAGGAGUCCCUGGCCCGGCACCUCCAGGCCUACGGCGAGCACUACCCCCUGGACCACUUCGAGAAGUGAGGCCCGCUUGCCCCAGCCCACCCCCACCCACCUCAACUCCCCUGAGGGGCAGCCCCAUUCUGGGGGGUGCCCAGGGAGCUGCAGGAUGCCACCCUGCUUCCCCAGCCAGCCCCCUCUGAAAUACUGGGGCCAGGACUCCAGCCAACCAUCUCCACUCCUCCAGGCUGUUACCCUGGGUGGGGGUGGGGGGGGCUCCGUCAGCCCCCUCCUCGCCUGUUACAGUGCCUUCUCCCAGGGGCUGGGCCAGGACGCCUCCAGGACUAGAAGCCCCUCUGGGGUGGGCGUGGCGGGUCAGCCUGUGGAAGUCACUCCCUCAAAGUGAGAGGUGGUCAGCAGGUGGCCAAUAAACUCUCUGUGUUUGGCUCUGUGCCA